AUGUUGUCGAAAUAUACGAAGGUCGCAUUCUUGUUGCUGGCUUGCGUCUUCGAGAGUUGCUUGUCGUGGCCGCCACUCCACUUUUAUUACAAUUCAGAAUUCAAGUUGCCAUCGAUCAUUGUGAAUAAUAUACGAGAUGCUAUCGCAAAUGAUAAGGUUUACGAUCUUUACGAUCAUAAAAGGAUACUACUUCCAUUUGGUCCUGAGCUAAUCUUGACGCAAGGACAAUAUAAAAUAUUCGUGAACGAAUACUUUCCAAAACCGGAGGAAGUAUCACCGGCACCGGUCCUAAAACCGGAGGAGGAAUCACCGGCACCGGUCCCAAAACCGGAGGAGGAAUCACCGGCACCGCUCCCAAAACCGGAGGAGGAAUCACCGGCACUGACAUCGGCCUCGGAAGAAGAUGUGUCCGAUCUGAAAAGGCAAAAGAAGAGUUCGGCUGAAGUCACAUGGGCGGACAUCAAAGUGCAGGACUUCUCGAAGAACCCGGAGGAGAUUAAUGUUCCUCACGACGACGACGAUGCCAAAGAAGAGAAGCAUCAUGAUGAUGAAUUCGACUACAAACUGCACAACAUCAAAUCACUCGUACAAGCUUUACUAAUCCCUGCGAAAUCUUCCAAGAUGGAUGUAUUGCACUCCUUCUUAAAGGAAGAUGAUGAUUUUACUUCCGAGGAAAUAAUAAAGCUGACAGAAGCCGUUAGCGCGGCUAAGAAGAAAACGCCAACAUUUCAGUCAGAAUUAUUUAGAUUGCCGAUACACGACGUGAAUAGAAACGACGAACGUAUACAAACUACGUUCGACACAGAUCACGAAGAAGACGAAUACGAAUAAUUUAAACUGCCCGAAAUAUGAAAAUCGUGGCAUGAAUAGCCAAAAAAAUUACCGAUAUCGCAAUAUCACGCUUGCUACUAACUAAUUAUGACUAAUUAUGCCCAUUAGUCGUUGUUAAAUCAAUUUAUGCCCGUUAAAUGUAUCAAGCUCGUCAAUUUUUCAAACGCGAUAUUGUUCAACGAUCAUUACCAUAUAAAAGAUAUACUGAGAAAAAGGUUUCUUCAAAUUUAAUCAAUUUCAUUGCAUCCAAACAAAUUUCAUCACUGACAUGCUCCAAAGAAACUAAUGUUCCGAUUAAUAAGUAGAGUAAGAUUGUUAGACUCUUCAGCGAAUAUGUAUCUUCACUUCAAAUAAAAAAUUUGUUCGA